AUGACAGGAGUGUGGGAGGAGAGAACAGAGUGUACCGCGGGCAGCGACAGUCCACAAGACGGCGAUGACGUGUGUGGAAUUUGCUGCGACUCGGGGCGGGCCGCGGGAUGGAACCUGUUGUCAGAGAGGCUGGCGGCAGGAUCAGAACAGCUUUGGACGGCCGGGCGAUCGAAUUGUUGGGAGGUGCCAGGCGGUGGAGGAGAGGACCGAGAAGGGCCGCGGAGCCUUUUGUACUUUGCCGAGGGGCUGUUGGAGGUCGGCAAGGGGCACCAAAGAGCUCCGGCCCCUCUCGUCCCCAGGUUCUGGGGCUCGACGCGGGCGGGGCCCUGGGCACGCCCUGCAGCAGCUGGGCGGCCAAAAGAGCUGCGCGAGGACGGGGCAGGCGAGGGGAGCACUCCGCGCUGCUGGGAUGUCGACGACCACGAGGUUGCGGGCAACCCCAAAUUAGGGCGGGCCGGCUGGCGGAUGCGCGUACCUGCUCGUCAGGACCAGGGGGCGGGCACGGGCCCUGUUCAAUCGAGCGCCCUCCAUACCGCCUGCCCCGCCAUCGCCAUCCAGCUUCCGUGCACUGAGAUCAGAUGCGGGGUCGCGCUUCCUUCCGAGCAGGUCAUGUCAGCGGCCGCUGGCCAAGGCGCCUCUGCUGGCGCGCUGUGACUCGGGAUGACGUUCGCCGGGACGAGCAGGCGUCGCAUCUUCGUCAGUUGUAUCUGCUACUUUGCCGUCGCUCUUGCCCAUUGGCGGGAUACCAAGAACGGCAGAACCAACAGAUUGGCGCCUGGGCUUCGUCAUCAGUUCUUCCUCUGGGCGCAAAUCAAAGCGCCCAAAUGUCCCUUGUUUUUUGUUGCCCGAGGGUGUGGGCGAGGGUCGCGUGGCCGUUGACAAGCACGACAAGCUCCUCCCCCACAAGCUAUCUUAUCAGGGACAUCAUAUCGGCUUGUACCAGGUACUUGGACCGCACAGCCUGCUUGCAGAUCGCUGGCUGUGGUCGGGUAUGUCGACGCUAGAUCUACAUCCGGAUAGCUCAGGGUGAACGGAAGUUUCGCUGCCGUCAUCCUCGGGCCUUGCGCGGGCCCUGCGGUUGUGCGGCCGCUGCAAAUGGGUAAGGUAGGC